AUGGUCAACAAAACGCCAAGUGAAUAUGAGAUUAGAUGCGGUUGGUCUUCACGUGUUCCUCCAACUUCAACCCCCUUCACUUACAACUUAGGAAGAAAGAAAGAGAGAAGUGAGUCCGGAGUUAGAGAACUUGUUUCCCCUUUUGGGCACUUUUUGGGUUUCGUUGAUUUUCCGGAACCCGAAGUUGAAGUUCUGCGAGAUAUAAGGUUUCUGGAUUUGGGUUUGCAAAAGUUGAGAUUUUGCUGGGGUUUGGGGAUGAAGAUUGAGGUGGGGUUGGGAGGGGUGUGGAAUGAGGAAGAGAAAGCGGCAGUGGUGGAGGUUCUGGGUCGCGGCGCGUUUGAUUACUUGGUGGCGAAUUCGGUUUCGAAUGAGAAUCUGUUGAUGGCGUUUGGGAGCGGCGAGAAUCUGCAGAAUAAGCUUUCGGAUCUCGUGGAGCGUCCCAACGCGUCGAACUUCAGUUGGAACUACGCGAUCUUCUGGCAAAUUUCUCAGUCCAAGUUUGGGGAUUGGGUUUUGGGAUGGGGAGAUGGGUGUUGUAGGGAACCGAGGGAGGGAGAAGAGGGUGGAAAGGUGAGAGGGAGAGGGAUUGUUGCUGAUGAUGAGAAGGUGCAGAGGAUGAGGAAGAGGGUGUUGCAGAAGCUGCACAUGACUUUUGGGGGUUCGGAUGAGGACAAUUAUGCUUUUGGGUUGGACCGUGUUACUGACACGGAGAUGUUCUUUCUUGCUUCCAUGUACUUCUCUUUUCCCCGUGGACUCGGGGGUCCAGGUAAGUGUUUUGCUUCCGGGAAACAUUUGUGGCUCUCGGAUGUGUUCAAAUCUGAUUUUGAUUACUGUGUGAGGUCUUUCUUGGUCAAAUCUGCUGGAAUUCAGACUGUUGUUUUGGUGCCUACUGACAUGGGGGUGGUGGAGAUGGGGUCUGCGAGGAUGGUGGGUGAGAGUUUUGAGCUUUUGCAGGCUGUGAAAUCUGUGUUUUCUGCUCAGACAUCAUUGGUCCCUCUCAGGGUUAAACCAAUUGCACCAUUGGAUUUGGUGAGUGAUAGUAGAGACGACACUGCAAAUGCCCUUUUUUCUGGUGCGACAAUUGGCGAUAAGGAUAAGAAUAACAACAAUGGGAAUAAUAGAGCUGAGGGAAUUGGAGUUCCAAAGAUUUUUGGGCAGGAUUUGAACAGUGUCACUCAAUUCAGGGAGAAGCUUGCUGUGAGGAAAAUGGAUGAGAGGGCGAGGCCGUGGGGGGGUCAUUCCAAUGGGAAUAGUAUCGGCUUUCCGAAUGGUGUUCAUGGUUCUAGUUGGGGGGGCGUGAGGCAGCUCGGUCCUUCUGAAAUUCUUGCUCCUAGGUUGGCCAGCUCCAGCACGAUGCCUGUGCCGGAGCUAGCCAAUGGCUCAAGGCAUGAUUUUGUGCAUAGCAAUUACCCGCAACAACGGCCCGCACAGAUGCAAAUUGAUUUCUCAGGAGCCACUUCAAGGAGAUCAAUCAUUGCUGAGUCUGAGAUUUCUGAUGUUGAGGCCUCGUGCAAGGAGGAGAGAGUGAGUGUUGUUGAUGACAGGAGGCCGAGGAAGCGGGGAAGGAAGCCGGCCAAUGGAAGGGAGGAACCCCUCAAUCAUGUGGAGGCAGAGAGGCAAAGGCGUGAGAAGCUGAACCAGCGGUUCUACGCACUGCGCUCUGUUGUUCCAAAUAUCUCCAAGAUGGACAAGGCAUCACUGUUGGGAGAUGCUAUUGCUUACAUCAAUGAACUUCAAGCGAAACUCAAGACCAUGGAGUCUGAGAGAGAGAGAUUUGGCAGCACCUCUAUAGAUGGAUCAGUAUUGGAGGCCAAUGCAAGAGCAGUAAAUCAUCAUAAUGGAUCUCCUGAUGUGGAUGUUGAAGCUGCACAAGAUGGGGUGAUUGUAAAGGUUAGCUGUCCUAUUGAUGUUCACCCGGUUUCAAAAGUCAUUCAAACCUUCAGAGAGGAAGAAAUUGGUGUUGUCGAUUCAAAACUUACUGCUGCAAAUGAUACUGUUUUCCAUACAUUUGUAGUUAAAUCUCAAGGACCUGAUCAGCUGACAAAGGAAAAGUUGAUUGCAUUAUUUUCCAAAGAAUCCAACCCCAUACAGACAUUGUGA